AUGUCGUCGGAGGCUUCCGGGGGGGGUUUCCUACUCGGUCACGAAGGGGCUCGGACUCCACUCUCCUCUCGUAACCCCCCAGCAACUACAGCCCUGCCACAUAUAGUGGGGCCUAUGCUCAACAAGGAACUGAGCCUGGGGCGCAUAGCGGGCCCCUUCGAGGUCCCCCCAUUUGAGAUCUUCAAGUGUUCUCCCAUAGCCCUGAGAGAGAAGUCUACGCCGGGCAAAUACAGGCUCCUGCACAACCUCAGCUACCCCUAUACCUCCGAGAGCGUGAACGCCAACAUCCCGCGGGAGACGACGACAGUGACCUACCAGUCCAUCAACGAUGCGGUGGCCUUGGUGGUCAGACGCUCGCCGGGGGCGUACUUGGCAAAAUGCGACAUAGCAGAGGCAUUUUGGAUCGUCCCGGUCAAUCCCAGCGACUACCACCUACUCGGCUUCGCCUACGGGGGGCAGUACUACUACGAGAAAAUGCUCAGCAUGGGGGCGGCACCCUCCUGCAGGAUCUUCGAGACGUUCUCCGACGCCCUGCAAUGGAUCCUCGCGGAGAAGUUCGGAGUGCGGGAUGUCGUGAAGGUGCUGGACGACUUCCUCUUCGUGAGUUCUACCUACAACGCGUGCUUGCGGAGCCUACGGGUGUUCACUGCCCUCUGUGAGCACCUAGGCGUUCCCCUGGCCCCCCACAAGACUGAGGGCCCCCGCCCCUGCCUCACCUUCCUUGGACUUGAAAUCGACGCCGAACGUAUGGAGACAAGGCUGCCGGACGACAAGAGGACGAAGUACAUGGCCGCAGUGGAGGAUGCUCUACGGGCCGAGAGCCUUCCCCUGCGGGACCUGCAAGGGAUUAUCGGAAAGCUGCAAUUCGCCACGUCAGUCAUACCGGGGGGACGGGCCUUCCUCCGACGACUUCACCCGCUCACACUAGGUGUACAGCAUCCCUCACGCCUCUGCCUGCUGGACGCGGAGGCGAAGCUCGACUUGCGAGCCUGGCACACUUUUCUCGGUGCAUUCAAUGGAAUAACGGUUUUCCCACCAGACGGUGGAUGGGGGAGCGCCACGGCCCUCACGAUGUGUGCGGACGCCUCAUCCAAGGGUUACGGACUCACACUCGGAGCGACCUGGUUCAGGGGUACCUGGCCUAUGGACUGGAGCCGGCUCAACAUUGCGCGCCUCGAACUUUACCCGUUUUACAUGGGGAUAUCCAUCUUUGCGACAGUGUUAGCAAACAAGAGGCUUGUGUGUAGGUCCGACAACGCCGCUGUGGUAAACGUGCAGCAAUCUCUGUCCGCCAGGUGCCCCCUCCUCAUGCAAUUGGUCCGGCCACUGGCAAUCCUCCUCCUCACCCAUAAUAUUACGCUUCUUCAAUCACACCUCCCGGGCAAGUUAAACGGGGUUUGUGACGCUCUUUCCCGGUCGCAGGUACUGCCGCCCUCAUUCCUGCAAGACGCAGGACUCACUGAGAAGCCAACUGCAAUCCCGCAGCACCUCCUGCCCUGCAACUUCACCCUGAAUCUGUGA